AUGAGAAAACGUAGGAUCUGUUCAACUAGAGAUGCUUUGGUUGCCGACUGUUAUCAUCUUGAUAGCCGGAGGUUAACUUGGGAUGUGCAGUUUCAUAGAGGGUUUCAUGAUUGGGAGCUAGCAGAGGUUGCUGAGUUCUUGGCCUUGUUCUAUAGUCAGGUGGUGGAGGGUGUGGGGAUGGAUGAGAUAGUGUGGGUGGGCACGCCGAGAAGGGUGUUUGAGGUUAGGGCGUUCUACCAUAGCCUGAUGGUGAUCCAAGGUCCUUCUUUCCCUUGGAAGGCAAUUUGGAGGUUGAAAGCCCCAUUGAAGGUGGCUUUCUUUGCUUGGUGUACUGUCCUCAAUAGCAUUCUCACCCUCGACAAUCUUAAAAGACGACUACAGAUUGUGGUUAACUGGUGUUGUAUGUGCAAGAAGACAGAGGCAACAGUUAAUCACCUCCUUCUCCACUGCCAAGUGGCGAGGGAUGUUUGGUCUAUGAUUUUGGUUGCUUUUGGCAUGUCUUGGGUGUUCCCGAGAACUACUUUGGAUACGAUUGAGGCUUGGAAAGGGUGUAUUGUGGAGAGCCGAGCCAGGGUUGGUUGGAGGGCCACUCCCCUUUGUUUAUGGUGGGUUUUGUGGUGUGAGAGAAAUAUGAGAUCUUUUGAGGGAGAGGAGACUCCUAUCUGGUCUCUCAAAUAUAGCAUAUUGCAUACUUUAUUUUUUUGGGUUAACGGGCGUAAUUGUAAGUCUUUGGGGGAUCUUUUGGAUUUUGUGGAUAGCUUAAAGCUUUAG